AAGCCGCUAAAGUAACAAGUAUCUUGCAGUUAUCCAUUCAGUGGAGCGAAAAUAAAAACAUCGAAGCCAGCGGAAGCGGAAAAGUCGGGGAAACAUACACAUUUUCUAUAUAGCCAGUGAAAAGGGCCAUUGAAAACCGCACCAUGGAAUCGCCCAACGGAGACCUUUACACGCUGGAGGCGAACCUUAUGAACAAGUCUCUGCGGGAACUGACAGAUGGCGCCGACAAGGAUCCCAUUACCAAGCUGCGUCUGCUCUGCUUCAGCCGCGGCGCAACAGGCAUCCUGGGAAUCGGCAGAGCCUUUCGGGCCAUGGACGACGAUGGCAGCAAGGCGCUCAACGAGCAGGAGUUCAUUUCGGGCAUACGCGACACCGGUCUGGAUGUGACGGAUGAGGAGAUCAGGGAGAUGUUCAACACGUUUGAUGAAGAUGGCAGCGGCUCCAUUAACAUGACUGAGUUUCUGGUCAAACUGCGCCCUCCCAUGCCAGAGUGCCGCGUGGGCAUUAUCGACCAGGCCUUUGACAAGAUGGACCGCGACGAUGAUGGCAUCAUCACCGUUGCCGACCUGAAGAACGUUUACUCGGUGAAGGAGCAUCCGAAGUACCAGAGCGGCGAGAUGAGCGAGGAUGAGAUACUCACGGACUUCUUGCACAACUUUGAGGGCGGUCGUGGCAAUCUGGAUGGGAAGAUAACCCGGGAGGAGUUUAUCAACUAUUAUGCCACCAUCAGUGCCUCCAUCGACAACGACAUGUACUUUGAUCUGAUGAUGCGUAGAGCCUAUGCCAUGUAACUGAAGGGAUUACAGUUCCAGCACUCGAACCACUUAAAUCUCAAUAGCUUGUCUAGUUUUAGAUCCUUCAUGCUUCAUGCUUCAUGUUAUAUUUAUACUAUAGACUCCCCAGAAAAUAAAUAAAAAUCCCCUUGUUACAAUUAAA